UGAGUCGCUGGUGCAGAGCCAGAGGAGCGCCAGGGACCCCAGAAGCGCCGCGGAGGGUGCUGGCCGCUGCACCCGGUAUCCAGGUGCGCCAGGUCGCAGCCCCUGGGUGCUGUGGCUUUUCCAGCAUCGCCGAGGCAAAAGCGUGGCAGUGGGACCCAAGAGGUGGCUUGGAUGGGGGGCGCCCUGGCCUGGACGCUGCUGCUGCUGCCGCUGCUGCUGCCGCCGGAGUCGGACAGCCGGGACCUGUCGUGCGCCGUGUCCCCCGCGGGUGUGGACUGGAGCACGGAGUUCGGGGACACGUGCCUGAACUUCAGCGGCCUCGGCCUCCGCCUGCCCCAGAACCAGUCUCUGCGCGCCCCUGAGGUGCGUGUCCUGGACCUGUCGGCGAACGGGCUGCGGGAGCUCCCGGCGACCUUCUUCUCCGGCCUGCGCAGCCUUCAGCUCCUGGACGUGCUGCAGAACCCCCUGUCCCACGUGCACGGGGCGCUGGCCGCGCGCUGUGACCUGGACCUGCGGGCCGACUGCGGCUGCGCCCUGGCGCCCUGGCACCGGGUCCGCAGAGACAACUGCUCCGGGCAGGCGCCCCUGCUCUGCUGGGACACCGCCGGCUCCCAGCGCAACCUCUCCGCCUUCCUGGAGGUCAGCUGCGCCCCCGGCCUGGCCCCUGCGGUCAUCGCGGCGGCGGCGGCCAGCGGGUGCCUGCUGCUCGGGCUCGCCGUCGCUGGCCCCUUGCUGGCCUGGAGACUCUGGCGGCGCCGCGUGGCCAGAAGCCCGGACGUGGGCAAGCCCUGGGCCGCUCAGGACGGGCCCAAGCCCGGUUCAGGCUGGCAGCCACGGUACAGCAGCCGGAACUCCCGCAAGCCCCAGGUGGUCACCCCACCCCGCCCCUCCACUCCCGACUAUGAGAACAUGUUUGUGGGCCAGCCAGGAGCCGAGCACCAGUGGGCCGGACAGGGGGCUCACCCUUCAGAGGACAGUGACUUUUACAUGAACUACGAGGACGUCAACCUGGCCUCCCAGCCUGUCUACUGCAACCUGCAGUCCCUGGGCCGGGCCCCAGUCGAUGACGAGGAGUACGUGAUCCCCGGGCGCUGAGCCCACAUUGUCCCAGCCUCCACCCAGACCCGCUCCAGUCCUUGCCGGGUGACUCAGGGCAUUCCACCCCCUCUCUGGCCUCAGUUUCCCCAUCUGAAGAAUGAGGACAGGAAAGGACUAUCUUUGAGGCCCCAGGGGGACUCUGCCACUCCCUCCCCAUCCCCCACGCCACUCCUCAGCGCCCUCGGCUCCUAGAGGAGGAGGAGAGACCCCCAACAAGGGGACAGGAGGGUCACUGCGCGAACCCUGUCGUCAGCCUCCUGUGGCUGUGCCGGCCGUGCUCAAUAAAUGCUUUGAGGCUGGUGAGGCUGUUGGCUCAGGGUGAGCCGGUUCCUCAAGGUGAGGAUUUGUGAGCUCCAA